AUGGCCGACUAUACGCAAUACCACGCUUUGGGCCAGGGCAUCGCCGACCCCAAUGAUCCCAACCGUACCGCUGGUCUUGGUCAACCACCCUAUCAGCAACAGCCUCCCAGUUACGGAUACGGAGCUCCUGGCCCAUAUGCUGCUCAACCACAACAAUCACCACCGCCUGCUGUGGGAGGGCCUCCGCCAGCAGGUGCUGUCUACGGAACUCCCCACGGUCAAGAUGACCGAGCUUUGCAAGGUUUCCAGGGAAGCGUCGCACAGCCUGGAGCUGAUGCCGGCCUGGCCUCGCAGAUGGGAGCCAUGAGCUUGGGUGACGGACAGACCACGAUCCGCAAGAAGAAGAAGGACCGCCACGCCUACCACACAGUCGAACCGACGGGCUCUUCUCAGGCAUACAAUGGCAUGGGGCCCCCUGGCUCCAACCCGAAUCAAUUCAUCCCUACUGCUGCUCCAGGAACACCAGGUGCUCCAGCCUUCGGAGCUUCAGCUCAGUUUGCCGGCCCUCAGGGCACGCCUCACAUGAUGAACGCUGGCGAAUUCCCAACUCCAGGACAUUUCGGCCAUGGUAAUGGAAGUGCUGAUGCUGCUGCCACCAUCUCGACCUCUGGCCCCUCCAAGGUCUCUCUCGAGGACAUGCCCAGUGUCCCCGUGUCUCGCGACUCCGUUCAACCAUAUUUCCUAAAGAACGUCUAUCCUACCUUUGAACGCCAUGUACCGCCCCCCGCGACUGUCUCCUUUGUAGCUUUCGACCAGGGAAAUGCCUCUCCAAAAUACGCUCGGUUGAGUCUGAACAAUAUCCCUGCCACCUCGGACGGCCUGCACGCCACUGGCCUCCCUCUUGGCCUCCUCCUGCAGCCCCUGGCCCCCCUCCAGGCAGGUGAGGCAGAGAUUCCUGUUCUCGAUUUUGGCGAUGCCGGCCCUCCACGAUGCCGCCGAUGCCGCGCCUAUAUCAACCCCUUCAUGAUGUUCCGAUCCGGCGGCAACAAGUUUGUAUGUAACUUGUGUACGCACCCCAACGAUACGCCCCCCGAAUACUUCUGCGCCACCAGCCCGCAAGGUGUUCGUGUGGACCGAGACCAGCGACCUGAGUUGCACCGAGGCACCGUCGAGUUUGUCGUGCCCAAGGAGUAUUGGACCAGAGAACCUGUUGGCUUGCGUUGGCUAUUCCUCAUCGAUGUAACACAAGAAUCAUUCAACAAGGGCUUCUUGGAGACCUUCUGUGAUGGCAUCUUGGCUGCCCUCUACGGAGGGGAGAACCAGGAAAAGGAUGAGAAUGGCGAGCCAAAGAGACGGGUCCCUGAAGGUGCGAAGGUUGGAUUUGUCACUUAUGACAAAGAUAUUCACUUCUACAACAUGCAUCCUGGUCUGGAUCAACCUCAAAUGCUCAUCAUGCCUGAUCUCGAGGACCCGUUUCUUCCUAUUGGCGAGGGCCUAUUCGUUGAUCCUUACGAAUCCAAGUCAAUCAUCACUUCUCUGUUGACACGGCUGCCCGAAAUGUUCUCCGACGUGAAGAAUCCGGAACCUGCACUGCUUGCUACACUGAAUGGAGCUCUGGCAGCACUUGAGAAGACUGGUGGUAAAAUCGUUUGCUCAUGUUCUGCUCUGCCCACCUGGGGUCCUGGCAGGCUGUUCAUGCGUGACGACGGCAAUCAUCCUGGAGGAGAACUGGAUAAAAAGCUCUACACGACUGAGCACCCUGCUUGGAAGAAGGUGGCAGAGAAGAUGGCAGCUUCUGGCAUCGGCGCAGACUUUUUCCUCGCUGCUCCUUCUGGCGGCUAUCUCGACAUUGCUACUAUUGGCCAUGUUGCGGCUACUACCGGUGGAGAGACAUUCUACUAUCCCAACUUCAUCGCUCCACGCGACGGUCCCAAGCUGUCUGCCGAAAUCAGCCACACUGUGACAAGAGAAACUGGUUUCCAAGCGCUGAUGAAGGUUCGAUGCUCCAAUGGUCUGCAGGUGUCGGCAUAUCACGGCAACUUUGUGCAACAUACUUUUGGGGCCGAUUUGGAAAUUGGUGUUAUUGAUUCGGACAAGGCCUUGGCAGUUUCAUUCAGUCAUGACGGCAAGCUGGACUCAAAGCUGGACGCCCAUUUCCAGUCCGCCCUACUGUACACGACUGCCUCAGGCCAGCGCAGAGUUCGCUGCUCCAACAUCAUUGCUAGCGUGAGCGAAACGUCCAAGGAAGCCGGCAUGCGAGAACAAGGCAUCCGAGCAUGCAUGAAGUUUGUUGAUCAGGAUGCAGUAAUUGCGCUGUUGGCCAAGGAAGCAGGCACAAAACUCGCGACUACUUCAAGUAACCUGAAAGACAUUCGAAACUGGCUUUCCGAGCGGACCAUUGAUGUUUUGUCCUGCUAUAGGAAACACUCGGCACAACAACAUCCCGCAGGCCAGCUGGUUAUGCCGGAAAGGUUAAAGGAGUUCUGCAUGUAUAUGCUCGGACUGACAAAAUGCAGGGCCUUCAAGGGCGGCAUUGAGAAUUCAGACAGGAGGGUCCAUGAAAUGCGCAUGGUUCGUUCCAUGGGCGCCUUGGAACUUAGCUUGUAUCUCUACCCUCGCAUGAUCCCUCUUCACAACUUACAACCCGAGGAUGGUUUUGCUGACCCAGAGACGGGCCACUUGAAAAUGCCCCCUUCAAUACGAGCGUCAUUUUCGUGCGUCGAAGCCGGCGGUGUGUAUAUCGUCGACAACGGUCAGCAAUGCCUCCUCUGGUUCCACUCUCAGACAUCACCGAACCUGGUUGCCGACCUGUUUGGCGAAGACAAGGACUCUCUGAAGAGCCUUGAUGCAUAUACAUCAUCACUACCCGUCCUGGACACUCACCUGAAUGCACAAGUCCGCAACAUUAUCGAAUUUCUCAAGACGAUGCGCGGGUCCAAAGGCCUAACAAUCCAGCUCGCUCGACAAGGCAUUGACGGCGCCGAGUUUGAAUUUGCUCGCAUGCUGGUAGAGGACCGCAACAAUGAGGCACAAAAUUACGUGGACUGGUUGGUCCACGUGCACAGGGGAGUGCAACUCGAGCAUACUAACUAUGCCACGCUGCCAGCUGAGCGGUCAACGUAA